AUGGCCGGUCGCCUUGACCCUCCACGUGUCGAACUCCCAUUGGCAAUCCGGCCCGUCAUCAUUCUUCGAUCCUCUAACGGCAUCGCCAUGUGCCCUGUCACCGUUAACAGGGCAGAGAGAGAUCAAGAGAGAGAGAGAGAUAUGAGCGUGACGAUGAAGGCAUGGCGAAUGGUAGCUGCGGAGGAAGACGUGGAAUUGAUUUCCAGUAAAAAAAGGAAGCUUUACUCUGAGCUGAGCGGCGAGGUGGAGCCAUCGCCGGAGAAUCCUGCAUCGCCGGCGGCGUCCAGGACUUCCGGUGGCUUCUACGAGUACAAGGAGUUCUCGAGUGACGUCGCGAAGAAGGGAUCGUCGGAUCUCGAGGAUGUUGAUUUGCAGUCGAAGGUUGUCGAGAAGGAGAUUUCCACGUCCACUGGUCGCAUUUUCAGUGGAGAGCCUAGUCCAACGAGCGAGUUUUACGGUGACUCGGAGCAAGUGUCACUGCAAUCAGUCUCCAUGGCCAAAAGCAAGAAACUGACGCCUCCAUCAAUCUCUCGCCGGAAAAUCGCCACUUACUCGCCGCCGCCGGCGGAGCUCGAGGAGUUCUUCGCGGCGGCUGAAAAGCACGACCAGAAACGAUUCCUCGAAAAGUACAACUAUGAUAUAGUGAGGGACGUUCCAUUGGAGGGAAAGUAUCAGUGGGUUCGUUUACACCCUUAAAUGAAAUUGCAGCUCAAACAAGGAAAAAAGGCAUCUUUUUCUAUUCCCUUUAUGUUCCUACUUUUUUUUUUUUUUUUUUU